UUCUUUUCUUCAUCUUUUCUUUACGCUUCAAAAAAAAAAAAAAAGAACAAAAUUAAGCCAACCAGAGCCACGCGCCCACUCGCUAUGUACGGUCGUCCAACAUUCCCGCUCUCUUCCUCCGAGUUUCUCUGCGACUUACUGACUUCUCCCCACGUCAUGUCUUCGCCGUUAAGUCCGCUAUCUCAACUCACUGUAUCCAACUCGGCGACCGAGGUGGUUCAGAGUGGCAGCAGCAGCAGCAGCAGCUACAGUUCCCCGAGCUCCCGCACACAGACACCAAGUUUCUUUAGAAGCGUCAGUAGCCAUUCCCUUCAAAGCAAUGACCUUCGUUGUCGUUUCGCCUCGAGCCUUAACGACUUCAUUGACUCCGGUUCUGGUUCGGUGAGGAGAGUUUUCCGUACCGGUGAUUUACACCAGGUGCAGCAGUAUGGUAGGAGGGCAGAGAGUCAACUGUCAAUCGAGAGCAAUGCAAUCAUUGAAGGAAUGAACAGAGCCUGCCGCUACAGUCCCCAGGAAAAGAAGGAAAGGAUUCAAAGAUACCGAACCAAACGAAAUCACAGGAAUUUCAAUAAAAAGAUUAAGUACGCAUGCAGGAAAAGAUUGGCAGACAGCAGGCCACGCAUCCGAGGGCGGUUCAUAAGAAAUACAGAAAUUGAAAACGAUCACUUGGAUGGUGAAGAAGAAGAAGAUGAUGAUGAGAUUAAUUGGAUCAGCUUUCUUGAUAUUCACUCCCACCAACUGCUUCCUAACCCUUAAUGUUUAACGAUUCUUCUGCUUGUUUUCCUUUAAAAUUUAUGCUUAAGUCUUUCAAAAGGGUGUUGUAAAUACGAUCGGUGACAUUAUUCAUACCAGAGUAUGGAGAAUUGCAAGCUUUAUAUAAAUGGCAGACAAGAAGACUUGC